CGAUGCUGGAGCGCCCUUCGGGGGUGCAAAAAUUCUGUCUCGUCGUACGAUUGAUCGCAAACCUUGCGCUUUGAGAGCCGACGAACUCAUUCAACAAGUUUAACCCGGUUGUUACGAUCCACGAUUAUUUUUUUUAUUACAUUUCAAUCACAUUUCAAAAAAAAAAAAAUAAAAUAAAAAACAAAAUUCAAAACACGCCGCGCCGGCAAAAUUUAACAUGCCUUAUUUUAAAUUCGCGGUAAAUAAAAUAAAAACCCGGUUAAAGAAAUUUUAACUUUCCUCUUAUAUAAUAAAUACACGUGAAAUAUAUCUUAUUAUAAAAAAAAAAUUCUAAAUUUAAUUUUACUUUCCCUCUAAAAUUGACGAGUUUGUGUUGUAAAGAAGGUGUUGUUCUCUUUUUUUUACACUUUAUUUUCAUGUGUCAUUUUAUGGCACUGUGUCUGUGAGGCCAAGUGUGUUUACUAUUUCUGCCCCGUAGUCGUUAGUAGCGUAGGGCGGAACGACCCGACGUCGCAACAUCUUUGGGCGCACGAGACGAUGACAUUGACGCUCAACAGGAAACCAAAUAUCUGAAGUUUCUAGACAUUGCGAGAAGGGGAGAUUGUUCGAUGGGGGAACAUUUGGUGGCGAAUACGACUCAUAAAAUCUACGCCGACAAGGAAAAAGGGUCCCAAGAAUCGAAAUGGUAUAUUUUGAGCGAUGCUGAACGACAACAUGGAUUGUGUCCUUCUAUAUCUAUAUUAUAAUAAUAAUAAUUCGAGAACUCAAAUGCGAUGGUAAAGUAGCAUCAUCAUAUCAGCAUAUUGGAAACGGAAUCCCUUGUACAGGACAAAUGUUCCUGGGAAGGGCAAUUCCCUAAAGCACCCUGAUGCAAGUCCAUCCAACGUGUAUGCAGCAGGGACACCCUCUUUAGAAAAUUCCCCAUUCGCGGAGGAAAGGAGUUCGUGAAAGACAAAGGGUCGAAGCGUCGGGUCGAGUCGAGAAAGAGAGUGAGAUAAGAAAGAUGGGUGAGAGUUCGCCGGAUCUCAGCCUCAGGCUACGUAGAGGCAGCUCCGACUCCAGGGAUUCCUUCUACAUGGAUUUUGCACAGGGCAUUGACUCGGACAUCGAAGAAGUGGUACGACCGGACAAUGGGAAUUCGAUUCUGGGGAAUCAUAUAGAGGACAACAGAAUCGAUCUACCGCUAAUGGAGGACAUAUCGACUAUACCGGAAGAAGCAUCAGAGGAACUUCGCGAGGAAGAGGAAACAGCUGCUCUCGAAGCUGCUCUCGCAACGCCAGACCCUCCCGUAAUUAGUGCAGAUAAAGAAAAACCGAUACCUCUUUGGCCGGGAAUACCGGCUACACUGCCAUCUCCAGCAUCUCCAUCUGCAGUUAUUGUCUCGCCAGAAACCUUAUCUACUCACAGCAGCAGUUCACCUUCGAGAACUAAUCGCCUACCCCAAUACCCUUUGGCUUUACCAUGUUCAACUCAACCGAUAUCUACCGUUUGCUACCCACUGGCACCCACAUAUAUCGACGUCACAGAUGAUCGGAAUUACAAAAAUCUGGGAUGCUACGCAUUAGCAACGACCCUUAGUGCUCUCUAUGGAAAACUACUGGUUGUAAUGGGCAUUGCCUUUCCCAUGUCGGAAGUAAUUUCCACCUACAUUCCUCCAUCGUUCUACGAAUCUUUCUACCUCUACCUCUACAUCGGAAGUAUGCUCUUCCUUUUUUACAUGUGCAUUAUGAUGCACAAAGAUGGAAGACCCAAGCAAAAGAAGCAAAAAGAUAUUUCGGAUUUGGACUCGUCACGAUCGUCGAGUGGUGGUGGGGUGGACAGUGACACGGUCGACACAUCAUGCCCUCAUAUUGCCUCUCGACCUGCACAGCAUUAUGGUAGUUUUUAUCUCCGAAUGGGAGCCGUGGCUUUUGGAAUAGGUUCAAUGAUCUAUUCGGGUCUUGAAUUCGGACAAUAUUUCGAACUCGAACGCAACACAAAAUGCCACAAUAUUAUGCUCGCCGUCACCCCGGCCAGUCGAAUGGCUUUUAUUUUCAUCCAAAUGUACUUUAUCUUUUUAAACAACAAACAAAUGAAAGUCUAUCGACAUAGAGUGAUAGCACGUUUUGGACUGAUGCACAUGAUCGGAACGAAUCUCUCCGUAUGGCUCAAUGUUUUAGUGCAAGAAACGAAACACGAGAUUCUAACUUUUUACAAUCCUGAAAAUAAUUCACUAAGAAUUUCUCAUCGAAUAGGAGCGAAAGGAAGUUUUCACAUGGGUCACAAUCACGGGCAUUACGUGGAUCGUUUGAGAGUCACAAGAGGAUUGAAAGGACCUCACAAUAUAUUCGAAUGCAGAAGGGACAAUAUUAUGGGUCUAUUGGUACAAGACGCGAGUCCUUUCCUUUUUCCUUGCACAAUCGAAUACAGUUUGAUUUGCGCAGCAAUUUUGUACGUCAUGUGGAAAAACAUAGCAAAAGCAUCAAAUCCAUCGAGUCCCACGACUCUAUCAACACAACACACCCAUGCAUACAGAAAAUCGCCCUAUCACUACAGCGUCGAUUGUGCUCAAGCUCACAAAGGACUAUUCUUUGGGAUCCUAAUUCUCGUGAUGACGAUAAUCUCCCUAAUUCUCUUCUUCGUUCUGAUCUCACGUCCCGAACAUGUCAACUUUGCAGUCAUGGAAGUGAAUAUCUGCGAAUUAACACUCUACGGACUUUCAACAUUGGCCACACUCAUUGGAAUGUGUCAAAUUCGCAAAUUACGUUACGACGGUGGUCGAAAUCUCGAAUUGGACAAUAUUCUCCUUGUCGGUGCACAAACGGGAAUGUUUAUCUAUUCAACAUUCACAAUAAUUGGCAGUCACUUCACUCCCGACAAGGAUACAAUUCUCAUUCUUGUCACGGCAUUGGCGAGUGUUCUUCAAACGACAUGUCAAACAAUAUUUAUUCUCGAUGCAUCGAGAAGAUCAGUUGCCACUGCUGAGAAUAUAAGACGUAAGCCGGCAAGGCAAAUUGUCACAUUUUUAUUGGUGACCAAUUUGGCAAUGUGGGCAGUGAAUACAUUGGAAAAAUCACGCGCCGAAUCACAUCCCGUGCAACUUCAUUUUUAUGGUCUCUGGGCAUGGACAAUAAUCACACACGUGUCAAUGCCAUUGGCGAUAUUCUAUCGAUUUCACAGUACAGUUUGUCUCUGUGAAAUUUGGAAAAGAGCUUAUAAAGUGAAACCAACUUAUAUGUGACGCAAGGGGUCAACUCAAUGUAAUCGAAGACGUUUACGUAAUCAAUUACGUAGAAUUAGUACUCCAAUUAUUCUUCAAGAUCGCGAAUAUCGACACAUUCAUCCUAAACCAACGUCUUUCACGAGGAUCCUCUAAAGUAAUUGAACUGUAUUUUUUCCUAAAAUCAAUGUUUUUCUGAGGAUAUCAAAUUUCGCAAUACUUUUGCUACGUUUUUUAGUCUCAAUUUGAUAUCCUUAGAAAAACUGUGAAAUCACUUGUUCUUUAAUGCAUUUCUUUGGGGACGCAUGAAAGAGUCAAAAAUUUUCCACGAUUUUUCAUUAUUUAUCGCACAGUUUUCUUGAAAGUCAGGGGUCGAACCAGUGAAAGUAUUUAAAAAUACGGACUUUACGGACCAAAAAUGAAAAAUCACGGACCAAUUACUGACAAAAAUAU